ACAUAUGGGCCUAUGAUGGUUGUUGUUAUUUAGCUUCAAAGAACGUAUUGGAAUCCAAAAAUGCUUGCCUGCGUAAAAAUAUAAAUGAGAUUUAUUUAAAUUAUAAAUGAAUAAAUGUAGGCUAUUUCAUAUCUGCUUUGUUUAUUUCCGCUGAAUUUGCUAAUGAUUUCUCAGGACUUACAUCAGCGUUUGGGUGAGAAUGGAAACAGAAAGUGACUAAGUUUUCAGAAACGAAACAUUAUUUUGAGGCAGGGCUUGAUGCCAUAUAUAUUCAUGCCUUUGCACAGUGUAAUCAGAUGCAUUGUACUUGAUUUCGGUGCGGUUUACCAGUCCUACUUUUUGAAGAAAGCAAUUCAGCGAAAGCUAUUCAGCAAAUUGAACCACCAGCCCGAUAAUGGAACUGACAAUAAAACUAGAAGUUCCGAAGACACUGGAAGUGAGCGGUGAAGCCACAGUCGGCGAACUCAAGCAGCGCAUCUCUCAGCUCUUCGGAGAGCCUCCUUACAGACAGAAGCUUUCUGCCGAUAAUGGUACCCGCAUCAGCCUCGAGGAUGAUUCCAGAACCCUCAGCAGUUACGGGUUGCACUCUGGAUCUGUGGUGAGUCUGCUCUUCACCAAACCUGCACCUUUCCAAGUGUUCGUCAAGAAUGAGAAAGGCCAGAUUGGAAGGUAUGAAGUUGAUGUCAAUGAGACCGUCGAUCAGCUCCAGACUAAGAUCUUCAACAAAGAGAGAGUCCCAAAGGAUCAGCGAAGACUGGUUUACAACGGAAGAGAGCUGGAGCCUGGAAGGAAGUUGCAAGACUACAACAUCGAACCACUAAGCACCAUUUACCUGAAUUUCCGUCUGCGAGGAGGUUGAUCGGUGAAAUGUGUGCAAAAACGACUAAAGAAAGUGUUGUCAUGAAUUGUGUAAAGUUAUGUAUAUAUUGUAGGCCUAUUACUCCCUAUCAGAAUGUUGUCGUUUAAUAUAUUUUUUGGGUGAUUGAUAAAACGUAGUAAUUGGGGAACAAUGUGUUAAGAGCUCAUGUCAUUCCACUGUAGGUCUACCUAUUUAUCUGCAUUUAUAGCUGUGGUACCCAUCUUAUGUCGUUAUUCUGAUCUUGAACUGUAACUAAAAUAAUAAAAUGCUCGAAUCAU